GCCCGGACCCUCGGGGCCCCCGCGCCCCUGACCUCCGCCUCGCCGGGCGCCUCUCCUUAACCCUCUCCCAGACCCUACUGUCAUCUCGCACCCGGACCCUCAGCCUCGGGAGCUCCUCCUCUCCCGCUGCCCCCCACACCCUGCUCCUGAGAGUCUCCAGGCCGCCCCGUCCGCCCUCCCAGCGUCCUCCUGUUCUAGCCGAGACCCGCCCCCGAACCGAACGAGGGCCCAGCGGUCCACCCGGCGGCGCUCCCGCCACUGUUGGGGCACCCCUCCGUCCUGUCCUCCCUGCUCGCCCUGCCUGUCCCCCGGGUGAAGGAGGCUCCUGGCAAGGCCGGGAAUGGCCCUCCUGUUCCUGGCAGCCACAACCCCCCAGCUUGUGGUCUGGAGGUUUCUUCAUGGUGUCUUCUCCAACAGUUCAAUUCCUGGAUUCGGAGAGGGCUCAGUGACAUUCCGAGACGUGGCUGUGAACUUUUCCCAGGACGAGUGGGGGCGCCUGGACCCUUCCCAGAAGGAGCUGUACCGGGAAGUGAUGCUAGAGAACUACCAUAACCUGGUUUGCUUGGGCUUGGCAGCUUCAAAGCCAGAUGUGAUUGACCAGCUGGAGCGAGGAGAAGCCCCUUGGAUGCCAGGGAUUGGCUGUCCGGAUCAGAAGAUUAGGUCUGAUACCCAGGAAUCAGCUCCAAAGCUGAACAUUUCUCUGGAACCAUCGUCUCAGAAAAGAUUCACGAGAUGGAAUAGUUCCUUGAUCUAUAACUUCAGAGUGUCCUGGGGAUGUGAUGCUGAGUUACAAAGGCAGCAGAGCAAGGAGGAGAGAAAUUCUCAGCCAGAAGAAAUCAUCCUGAGGAAAACUCCCAGUAAAGCACAAGGCCAGGAGCAUAAUCCCUAUGACAGAAGCUUCAGUCUUGGACCAGUCAUUGUUCCACAGCAGAGAGUGGGUAAAGGACAGAGUCUCCAAGGUCGUCCUACAGGCAGAGAGAAUGUCAGUCUAUAUUCAGACAUAAAUUCAUAUAAUAGAAUCUGCUCUAAGAAAAUAUUUUCUAAGUAUAAUGAGGGUAGGAAAUCCUUUGGUUCUAAAUUAGACUUUAUUGAAUAUCAUAGACUAUAUCCCACAGAGCAAACAUAUGAAUAUAACUGUGGGGAAGCCUUCAGUGAUAGCCCCUCCAGUAAUCCCCAUCAAUUAACUCGUAUUGGAGAGAAACCCUAUAUUUGUAAUGAAUGUGGGAAAGCUUUCUUUCUGGGUAUACACCUUAUUGAACACAAGAGAAUUCAUACUGGGGAGAAACCUUAUGAGUGUAAUGAAUGUGGGAAGGUUUUCCGCCUUAACACACAACUUACUCGACAUCAGACAAUUCAUACUGGGGAGAAACCUUAUGAAUGCAAUGAAUGUGGGAAAGUCUUCCGCCAGAGUGCCCACCUUAUUCGUCAUCAGACAAUUCACACUGGGGAGAAACCAUAUGAAUGUAAUGAAUGUGGCAAGGUUUUCCGCUUGAGUGCACAUCUUACUUGCCAUCAGACAAUUCAUACUGGAGAAAAACCUUAUGAAUGCAAUGAAUGUGGAAAGUCUUUCCGUGAGAAGAAAGGUCUGAUUUAUCAUCAGAGAGUCCAUACUGGAGAGAAACCAUAUGUCUGUCCUGAAUGUGGGAAGGCUUUUCGCCAGAGAACAGGACUAAGUUAUCAUCGUAAAGUUCACACUGGAGAAAAACCGUAUGAAUGUCAUGAGUGUGGGAAAGCCUUUCGUCAGAGAACAGGACUAAGUUAUCAUCAGAGAGUUCACACUGGGGAGAAACAUUAUGAAUGUCAUGAGUGUGGGAAAGCCUUCUGGCAGAGCUCACAACUUACCCAACAUCGAAGAAUUCACACUGGAGAAAAACCUUUCGAAUGUUCUGAAUGUGGGAAGGCCUUCCGUCUGAUUGCACAGCUUAACCAACACCAGAGAGUUCACACUGGAGAAAAACCUUAUGAAUGUCAUGAAUGUGGCAAAGCUUUCUGGCAAAAUGCAGAACUCAUUUAUCAUCAGAGAAUUCAUACUGGAGAAAAACCUUAUAAAUGUAAUGAAUGUGGGAAGACCUUCCGCCUAAGUGAACAGCUUUCUCGACACCAGAGAAUUCAUACUGGGGAGAAGCCUUAUGAAUGUAAUGAAUGUGGCAAAGCAUUUCGUGUGAGUGGAAAGCUUACCCAACAUCAGAGAAUACAUAAUGGAGAGAAACCUUAUAAAUGUCGUGAGUGUGGGAAGGCUUUCUGCCAGAGCUCAGAACUUACUCGACAUCAGAAAAUACACACAGGAGAGAAACCUUAUGAAUGUCUUGAUUGUGGAAAAACCUUCCGACAGAGUGCAGAGCUCACACUACAUCAAAGAAAUCACACUGGUGAAAAGCCAUAUGAAUGUCAUGAGUGUGGGAAGGCUUUUACCACCAGUUCAGCCCUUACUUACCAUCAAAGAAUUCAUACUGGAGAGAAACCAUAUGAAUGUCACGAGUGUGGGAAAGCAUUUUCCCGACGGGCAACACUUAGUCAACAUUUGCGAAUUCAUACUGGUGACAAACCUUAUGAAUGUCACGAAUGUGGAAAGGCCUUCCCCCAGAGGGUAGAACUUAUUCGACACCAUAGAAGUCAUGCUGGAGAGAAACCUUAUGAGUGUAAUGAAUGUGGGAAGGCCUUCUGGGAAAGUGCCGAAUUAAUGUAUCAUCAGAGAAUUCACACUGGAGAGAAGCCUUAUGCAUGUACUGAAUGUGGGAAGGCCUUUCGGGUGAGAACACAGCUUACUCGACACCAUAGAAUUCAUACUGGAGCCAAACCUUAUAAAUGUACUGAAUGUGGGAAGGCCUUUCGGGUGAGAACACAACUUACUCGACAUUUGAGAAUUCAUACUGGAGCCAAACCUUAUAAAUGUAUUGAAUGUGGGAAGGCCUAUAGGCAGAAAGCAGAUCUUACUAGGCACCAGAAAACUCACACUGAAGAGAAACCUUCUGAAUGUAAUGAGUGAUGGUAAACUUCCUCUCUAGGGGGAAUACUUUAUUCAACAUCUGUAUAGUUUAUACUAGAGUGAAAAACCCUCUCACUAAAAUCAAUAUGCAAAGUCCUUCAAUCAGAAAACAAAAUUAAAUAAACUUGAGUUUAUUUGUAUUGGACAGAAAAAGCCUUAUGAAGGUGGACAGGUAUCCAGUUAGAACACAGAGUAAUGACAUCAGAGAAGGCAUCCUGAAGAGUAUGAUUAUAACAAAUAUGGAAGGUUUUCACCUUCAGAUAUCUCUUACAUUCUGUCACACAAUAUCAAAGGAAAACCUCAUGAGUAUAAUUAACGUGAGAGGGCCUUUGGCUAAAGCAGAAGCCUAUAUCAGAGAUUUAGUAUCAAAGAGAAAUCCUUUAAUUUUUUUCUUCUUUGUUGUGACUUCAUGCUAUUUAUUUUCUAUUUUGUUAAUUUAAUUUUCCUUUCACCUGGUGAUGUAAAAAGUUAUCAAUGUAUUAGUCUUUUUAAAUGACCAGUUAUUAGUUUUGUUAUUCUACGGUAAUUUUAUUAUAUAUUCAGUUUACUAAACAUCUUUUUCUCUGUUUUUAAUGUAUGUUGUCAGGGAUAUAAUUUUUCCUCUGAGAACUACUUUAACUGCCUCCCAGAAAUUUUGGUAUUUUGUCAUAUCAUUAUUCUCUCUCAUAUUAUUAUUACUGUGAUUCAUCCUUUGACCCACUUGUUAUUUGAGAUAUGUUAUUGUUAAAUGUCUAUUCAGGUCUGUUUCUUUAAUUUGUACUUUGUAUUGGUUACUUUUUUAAUAUGUUAUGGUCCAUAAUGUAGCAUGUAGUAUUUGUUUUUGAUAUUUUUCAUUUCUCUGUGCCCUGGCUCAUGGUAUGGUUUUAUAAAGAUUACCUUAUGAUUAUGAGAAA